GUAUGUGCGUGCAUAGGUACGUGCAUGGGUUGCCGAGGCGACAGCGCAGGUCUGGGCGCGCGCCCCCUUCUCUCCCCCCGCCUCCCCCUUUUCCCACCACAAUGAGCUCCUAAGAUGGCGGUUGGGACGCAGGCGCCGAGAUAAUUCUUGAUUAAUGGGACAAUAUGGCCACCGGAGGAGGUCCUUUUGAAGAAGGCAGGAAUGGUCAAGAUUUGCCAAACUGGAGUAAUGAGAGUGUGGACGACCGACUGAACAAUAUGGACUGGGGUGGCCAACAAAAGAAAGCAAACAGAUCAGCAGAGAAAAACAAGAAGAAAUUUGGUGUAGAGAGUGAAAAGAGGGUAACGAAUGACAUUUCCCCUGAGUCGUCCCCAGGAGUUGGGCGGAGAAGGACAAAAACUCCUCAUACUUUUCCUCACAGUAGAUAUAUGACACAGAUGUCUGUUCCUGAGCAAGCAGAAUUAGAAAAACUAAAGCAGAGGAUCAAUUUCAGCGACUUAGAUCAGAGGAGCAUUGGAAGUGAUUCCCAAGGUAGAGCAACAGCAGCAAACAACAAGCGCCAACUGGCAGAAAACAGAAAGCCAUACAACUUUUGGUCAAUGCAGAUUAAUACAAACAAAAGCAAGGAUGUUGGUACAAGUCCUCAAGCAAGAGAAACCAGUGGGUCAUCUCAGUGUAAAGAGCUGUUUGCAUCAGCUUUGAGUAAAGAUCUUUUACAAAACUGCCAAGUCUCUGAAGAAGAUGGGAGAGGAGAACCUGCAAUGGACAGCAGCCAGGUUGUGAGCAGGCUGGUUCAGAUUCGUGACUAUAUUGCCAAGGCUAGUUCCAUGCGGGAUGACCUUGUAGAGAAAAAUGAGAGAUCCGCUAAUGUCGAGCGCCUCACACACCUCAUAGACCAUCUUAAAGAGCAAGAAAAAUCCUACCUGAAAUUUCUGCAAAAGAUGCUUGCUAGAGAAAAUGAGGAGGAGGAUGUUCGGACUAUAGAUUCCGCUGUGGGAUCUGGUUCUGUAGCUGAGAGCACAUCACUAAACGUAGAUGUGCAGUCUGGGGCUUCAGACACCACGGAGGCAUCUUGUAGUCUGAGAAUUCGGCCGUGCAUUGAGGACAAACUAGGGGAUUCAGCUUCCCAAGAACAGGUUUCAGACAUUGACGUCCCUACAAGUCCAAAAGGGAAAGGUGACAGACCUGCUCAGAAUGACAGGGACAUGUGGCCUAAUAGGAAGUAUAGCCAAGGACAUGGACUACCCGCAAAGGCCAGAGAUCCCCAGCAGGAGCCAAGGGAAGAGUUGGAAAACUUGAAGAAACAACAUGAUUUGUUAAAAAGAAUGUUACAACAGCAGGAGCAAUUGAGAGCUUUACAAGGAAGGCAAGCUGCCCUCCUGGCUCUGCAGCACAAGGCUGAACAAGCCAUUGCCGUGAUGGAUGAUUCUGUGGUAACAGAGACCACGGGCAGUAUAUCUGGAAUAAGUAUAACAUCAGAACUCAACGAGGAACUCAAUGAUCUAAUCCAGCGUUUUCAUAAUCAACUUCAUGACUCUCAGGCCCCAGCUGUUCCAGAUAAUAGGAGACAAGCAGAAAGCCUUUCCUUAACUAGGGAGGUUUCCCAAAGCAGGAAUUCAUCUGUGUCAGAACAUCUGUCUGAUGAGAAAGUUCAACUUUUUAGCAAAAUGCGAGUUUUGCAAGAAAAGAAACAGAAAAUGGAUAAAUUACUUGGGGAACUUCAUACACUGCGUGAUCAACAUCUGAAUAACUCUGCUUUUUUGCCUUCUCCUUCCCCUCAGAGGAGUGUGGAUCAAAGGAGCAUCGGUUCAGUGGCCUCUGCCCCAGUAGGCUUGGUCCCAGCAACCAAUGGAGACUCUGCCAGUCAUGUCCCCUCAGCUGCUUAUCCUCCUGACACUGUGGUAUCUCAGAAUGAGAGUGAGAAUGAGGAGCGUCUGAACCCUUCAGAAAAGCUCCAAAAAUUGAAUGAAGUUCGGAAAAGACUGAAUGAAUUAAGGGAAUUAGUUCAUUAUUAUGAACAGACAUCAGACAUGAUGACCGAUGCUGUGAAUGAGAACACCAAGGAUGAAGAAGAGACUGAGGAGUCUGAAUAUGACUCUGACCAUGAGAACCCUGGGCCUGUGACCAACAUCCGAAACCCCCAGGGUGCUGCAGGAUGGACAGAAGUGAACAGCAACACAAAUGCCCAGUGUGUCACCAACAACAGGGACAGCCGAUCAGUCACUACAAACUGUGAAAUCAACAACAGAACCGCAACAAACUUAUGUCCUCGGAACAUGUCAUCCUCUCUUGAAUGCCGCUAUAAUAGAGAAGGAGAACAAGAUAUUGAAGGAGGGCAUGGUGAAGAUGAGGAGGAAGAGGAAGAAGCAGAAGAGGAUGGAGGCAGCGAAGCCUCCUUAUCUAGUCAUAGAAGUAGCUUGGGGGAUGACGCUCCUGAGGAUGCUGAAUUCGAGCACAAAAUCAGCAGACUGAUGGCUGCCAAGCAGAAACUGAGACAGUUACAGGAUCUGGUUGCUAUGGUACAGGAUGAUGAUGGAGAUCCUGGAGCCACCCCUGCUGGUGCAUCUAACCUAGAGGACUUCUUUCCAGUAGAAGAGCAGGAGACUAAGCAGCGCUCUAAUAACACAAGAGCCAACACCAGUAAAACCCAGAAGGAUGCUGGGAUCAAUGGAAAGGCAAGAGAGAAAUUCUAUGAAGCCAAAUUGCAACAGCAGCAGAGAGAGCUCAAACAGCUGCAGGAAGAGAGAAAGAAGCUGAUUGAGAUUCAGGAAAAAAUACAAGCCCUCCAGAAGGCGUGUCCUGACCUUCAGCUUUCUGCUGCCAAUGUGAGUAACUGUGGCACUUCCAAGAAGUACACACCAGCCGUGACCUCAACCCCAGCUGUGAAUGACGGCCAGAAUAGCCCCACAAACAAAUCAGGAUUUGUGGCCGAAGAUCCCUCGGCCACAGUGGCGGUGGCUGCAGAUAAUGAGUUGUGGUCAGAGAUGCGAAGACAUGAGAUUUUAAGGGAAGAAUUGCGACAAAGAAGAAAACAGCUUGAAGCACUCAUGGCUGAGCACCAGCGGAGGCGAGAUUUAACGGAGACGGCAUCCACAGCGGCAGUUUCAGUCAGAAGUGAUGGCUCUGAGAAUCCAUGCACUCCACAGCAAAGCAGAACAGAGAAAACAAUGGCAACAUGGGGAGGUUCUACCCAGUGUGCCCUGGAUGAAGAAGAAGGUGAUGAAGACGGCUAUCUUUCUGAUGGAGUUGUUCGAGGGGAAGAAGAGGAGGAGGAGGAAGAACAAGAUGCCAGCUCAAAUGAUAACUUUCCUGUGUAUCCUCCUAACAGUGUGACUCAUAAUCCAUAUGGUGUAAAGGAAAACAAGGAUAGGUGGAAGGCCAGCCGCCCUCUUUCUGCAGAUGGAAAUUACCGUCCCCUGGCCAAAGCGAGGCAGCAGAAUGUCAGUAUGCGGCGUCAGGAGAACCUCCGCUGGGUGUCAGAGCUCUCGUAUGUAGAGGAGAAGGAACAGUGGCAGGAGCAGAUCAACCAGCUCAAGAAGCAGCUGGAUUUCAGCGUCAGCAUUUGUCAGACUCUGAUGCAAGAUCAGCAGAACCUUUCUCUUCCUUCCCAGACCCUGUCCUGUUUGCUGCAGACCCUGCUCACAGGGCCAUACAGUGUCAUGCCCAGCAAUGUAGCAUCGCCCCAGGUCCAUCUCAUCAUGCACCAGCUAAACCAGUGCUAUACUCAGUUAACGUGGCAGCAGAAUAAUGUUCAGAGGCUGAGGCAGAUGCUGAGUGAGCUGAUGCGCCAGCAUGAACACCGGGGAUCUGACAAGGCAGGCAGGAAGGGGCGUGGCAGCAGUGCACCACCACCGCCCUCUCCAACUUUGUUUUGUCCCUUCAGCUUCCCUGCCCAGCCCAUGAGUCUCUUUAAUCUCCCAGGACUGUCCCAUUUCUCUUCAUUUGCACCAGGUAUGAAUUUCAAUCCUUUAUUCACAUCUAAUUUUGGAGAUUUUGCACAAAAUAUCCCUACAUCCAGUGAUCAACAGCAACCAGCAGAUCAGAAUAUUCCAGGAAAAACUGAAUAUGUGGCAUUUCCAAAACCCUUCGAAAGCAGUUCCUCCAUUGGUGCUGAAAAGCAAAGAAAUCAGAAGCAGCCUGAAGAGGAAGUGGAAAACAGUAGACCAACAUGGCUCUUUGAGCAAGAAGGCAGUCUUGAGAAGCCAUUCGUCAAGACUGGCUUUGCAGUGUCUGUACAGAAAACUGCUAGUAACAGUCAUCAAAAUCAGCUUGAUGCCACUGUAGCCACCACCACUGCUUCCACUAGUAGGAGAAGACGACAGUUUGACGAGGAGUCUUUGGAGAGCUUCAGCAGCAUGCCUGACCCUGUUGACCCAACCACAGUCACAAAAACAUUUAAGACCCGGAAAGCGUCUGCCCAGGCCAGCCUGGCCUCCAAGGACAAGACCCCCAAAUCAAAGAUGAAGAAGAAGAAUUCAACGCAGCUGAAAAGCAGAGUGAAAAACACUGGGUAUGAAAGUGCCAGUAUGUCUAGUACGUGUGAGCCUUGCAAGAGUAGGAACAGGCAUGCAGUCCAGACCGAGGAGCCUGUUCCAGCAAAAGUAUUCAGCAGAAAGAAUCAUGAGCAGCUGGAAAAAAUUAUAAAAUAUAGUCGAUCAACAGAGAUGUCCUCAGCACAUGCUAGGAGAAUACUUCAGCAGUCUAACAGAAAUGCAUGCAAUGAAGCGCCAGAAACUGGAAGUGAUUUUUCUAUGUUUGAAGCUUUGAGAGAUACUAUUUAUUCUGAAGUAGCAACGUUGAUUUCUCAAAAUGAAUCCCGUCCUCAUUUUCUCAUUGAGCUUUUCCAUGAACUGCAGCUACUUAACACAGACUAUUUGCGGCAGAGGGCGCUGUAUGCAUUACAGGACAUAGUCAACAGGCAUAUUUCUGAGAGUAAUGAAAAAGGCGGUGAAAAUGCCAAAUCAGUGAAUUCUGCUACUUGGAUAGCCUCAAAUUCAGAACUUACUCCCAGUGAAAGCCUUGCCACUACUGAUGACGAAACUUUUGAGAAGAAUUUCGAAAGAGAAACAUGUAAAAUGAGUGAGCGAAAUGACGCUGAUAACGCCAGUACUCUGUCUACAUCAUCUAAUUUUGAGCCCUUUGCCACUGAUGACCUUGGCAACACCGUGAUCCACUUGGACCAAGCAUUGGCUAGGAUGAGAGAGUAUGAGCGAAUGAAAAUUGAGGCUGAAAGUAACCUGAGUACAGAGGGUGCUGGGGCUGCCACCGCCAUCACAGCCUCCCCCUCUGCCACCACUGCCUCCACCUUAGAAGAAUCUCCAAAGACUGAGACUCGCAGUGCCCAACAACCUAUCAACGAAGUUUCCACAGUUCCUUGUCCUCGAAUUGACACUCAGCAGCUUGACCGGCAAAUCAAAGCUAUUAUGAAAGAGGUCAUUCCUUUUUUGAAGGAGCACAUGGAUGAGGUGUGUUCCUCACAGCUUCUGACUUCAGUGAGACGAAUGGUUCUGACCCUCACACAGCAAAAUGAUGAGAGCAAAGAAUUUGUGAAUUUCUUUCACAAGCAGCUUGGAAGCAUUCUACAGGAUUCACUGGCGAAAUUUGCUGGCAGGAAACUGAAGGACUGUGGCGAGGACCUUCUGGUGGAUAUAUCGGAAGUUUUGUUUAAUGAAUUGGCUUUCUUCAAGCUGAUGCAGGACCUGGACAGUAACAGUGUCUCUGUAAAACAAAGAUGCAAAAGGAAAAUGGAGGCGGCUGCAGUGAUACAGUCUUAUGCAAAAGAGGCAAAAAGAAUUCUUGAGGGAGAUCUUGGCUCACCUGCUGGAGAAAUUGAUGAUGAAGAUAAAGACAAGGACGAGACUGAGACAGUGAAGCAAGUGCCACCACCACCGCCACCACCCGAGGUGUAUAAUGGUAAUGAGGCACCUAAGAACACGAGGUCCGACGUGUCCGAUCAGGAGGAAGAUGAAGAGAGCGAAGGCUGUCCUGUGUCCUUUAAUUUGUCCAAAGCAGAAACCCAGGCUUUAACAAAUUACGGGAGUGGAGAAGACGAGAAUGAGGAUGAAGAGAUGGAAGAGUUUGAAGAAGGGCCUGUGGAUGUCCAGACUUCCCUUCAGGCUAACAAUGAAGUGCCAGAGGAGAACGAGCAAGACCAGGUUCUACAGAAUGAAUUUGAGAAACCCCUGGAAAAUGAAAGUAUCCCAGCGGAGCAGGAACCUACUAAUGGCCAGAGUAGCAAUAAAGGUGACCAUGAUGAUUCUCCCACGAUGCCUUGCUACCUUAAUGUGUUGGACAAUGAGCCACAGCUAAGUGGCCCGUCCCCUCUAGACUCCACAAGGACCCCGGUGGGGCCCCCAGAAGAGCUGAAACCUUCUUUACCCAUCACUGAGGUGGAAGCCUCCAUGCCUAGAAACACCCAAGUAAAAUCUGCCUCAGAAACUCCGGAGAGCUCAGUGGCUGGAAGUCCUGACACUGAGUCACCAGUGUUGGUGAACGACUAUCAGGAAGCAGGAUCUGGUCAUUUAAGUCAAAAGUCUGAUGAAGAGGACUUUGUGACUGUGGAAGAUUUGCCCCUUAAGCUGACCAUUUAUUCUGAGGCAGAUCUAAUGAAGAAAAUAGGAGCCGAGGAACAGAGUAACCAUUUAUCUGAGGAAAUAUUAACGGUGACUCAUACUGAAGAAUUGGCUGGGGACCCUCAGACCCUCAAAGAACCUGAAACUGUCACAGCCCAAAGCGUGGGAGAGCUCUCCAGCUGCCUGCCUUCCCCUGCCCCUCCACCAAUGCAUAUAUCCCAUGGGCAUUAAAUAAACUUGUUUCCAUCUGUACAAAAAUGUAAAUUAGUUUUUGACCCACUGCCUUUUAGAAUAGGGAACGCUCACUUCUUCUGCUCAGGCAGGUCACACACACGUCGUUGGAGAUGGGAUCCUCCCUAGAUUCGAGUCUUGCUGCACUGUUCUCUUUUUUAUUUUUUCAUUGUGAUUUGUUUAGUAACUUUAAACUUAAAAUGUAGUUUUAAAUAAAGUUUGGACUUGUCUGUAAA